AGACCCUGGCCUGGUAAGCAUGUGAAACCUCAAAGCCCACCCCCAUGACAUACUUCUUGCAACCAGGCCACCUUCCUAAUACCACUCCCUAAGCAUUCUGAUAGAUGAGCCUGUGGGGGCUAUUCUUAUUCAAACGGCCACACCUGGUAAGAGAGGUUUUGCAGAUUUUAUCUCAUGUUAGAUAUCUGAAGUGGAGAUUCUGACUUGGAUUAUUUCAAGUGGUCUGAAUGUAAAGGUCCUUAGAGGAAGAAGAGAGGAGGGGCAAAUGAGAGGUCUUACAGCAGAGGCAAGGGUCAGCCAGAGAGAUGUGAAGAUGCUAAGAUGGCUUUGAAGACAGAGAAAGACCGGGAACCAAAGAAGGAGUCAGCCAGAGAAGACAUGAAAAGCAGGUAAAAGUAAAUUAAAAUAAAAUCUUCCCUGGAGUUUUCAAAAAAUACACCUAUUUUCAGACACAUUGAUUCCAGUUAAGUAUGAUAAAUUCAAAAUUGUAAAUAAUCCAUUUCUGUUGCUUGAAGCUAGUAAAUAGGUGGUGAUUAGUCAGUGUAGCAAUGAAAAGCUAACACUAUAAAACUGCCAAAAACCAUCCUGAGAUAAAGUAAAAUAUUAACUGUUUGGCAGUACCCCGUUCUGCCGGUGCUGACUGCGGGGCGCUCAAGAGCCUGGACAGCGCCCGUGGUGAGAAGCCAGGAAGGAGCCGAGGAGGAAGUGGUCAGCUGCGCCCGGGGUCCCAGAAAGCCCACGGUGAUGUUGGCCAGGCGGGUGCUUGGGACCUCAUGCAGGGCGGCGUUAGGAUCGGCGGAGGCUGCGCUUGGCGGUUUGAAGUCCAUAUGGGGAAGCAGCCGACAUCACUGCUCUGCUCUUUCUAAGGAUGUCACUUAUAGGGAACUAAAAACCCUAUUGAACUCCAAAAACAUUAUGUUAAUUGAUGUUAGAGAUACAUGGGAAAUUAUUGAGCAUGGAAAAAUACCUGGAUCAAUCAACAUACCAUUGGACGAGGUAGGUGAAGCUCUACAGAUGAACCCAAGGGACUUCAAAGAGAAGUACCAUGAAGUGAAGCCAUCCAAAUCUGACAGUCUUGUGUUUUCUUGUUUUGCUGGAAUAAGAAGUAAGAAGGCUGUGGACACAGCGAUAUCCCUGGGCUUUACCAGUGCUCAACAUUAUGCUGGAGGAUGGAAGGAAUGGGCAACCUAUGAAAUUUCAGAGAAAAAACAAGAAAAUUGAGUUUUGGAAUAAAAGACUCUGUCCUUGUGUUCAUACAUCCAAGAAUAAUGGAUUAAGCAAAAGAAAACCCCAGUCUUAGCACCAAAGGCUAUGCUUGGCAACUGUUUUCCUCAUCUGUUAACUGAAGACACUGCUCCCCUGAACAUUCUCAGAGUCCAUGGAGGACUGAGAGAAUAUGAAUUGCCAUUGAAAUAUACAAAUCCUACAGUUAAUUUUUAAGUACUUUGAUAUUCCAAAAGAUCAGGUAGCUUAUAUUAUCUAAUUAUGUGCAAUCAUGUUAUAAGCAGAAACAGUGUAUUGACAAGCGGUCCUGAUCUUAAACAAUAACUAAGCAUCAGUCUUAGGUCCAUACUUGUAGUUCCAGUACUCAGGUGAUUGAGAUAGGCAGACUGCUAAGUUUGAGGCCAGCCUGGACUACAGAGACCCUAUUUCAAAAGAAAACAAAAGGAUCUCAGGUCCAGAGAAGUAAACUCUGGACAGGAAAACACAUUCAUAGCAUCUGAAGACUCGUGGCAAGGUGUGGCCAGAAUAGUUAACAGUGUAACUAAUUUUAAAAAUUAAAGUUAACGUGAGGAUAAAAAUUGCACGGGUUAUGACUAUGGAAGGCAAACUAACCUGGAAGAGGUCGGGAAAUUUUGUAGGCUAGUAGAGAUGUUCUGUGGCAUGACAGAAAUAUCAGGGGUGUGUGUGUCAAAACUCAUCAAAGCAAACACAAAGAUAUGUGUAUUUACAAGUAAUAUACCUCAAUUUAAAAACUAAUAAAAACAAAUAAUUAUCCAGUUUGA